AUGUUUUCUGUGCAACCACUGCCCCUGUGCUCAGAGGUUAAUGUCUUCAUUGAUGAUCUGGACCAGGGGAUUGGGUCCAGCAUCAGUGAGUUUGAAGACGACACCAAGUUAGGAGUAGGUGUGGAUCUCUUGGAGGCGCACCGCAGCCCUGCGACCCUGCCGGCGCGGGCAGGCCGCGGGCUGCUGCUGGUGCCGCGCGCUUGCGCUUCCGCUUCCGGGCGAGGCGGGGAGGAGCCGGGCCGGGAGCGCGCCGGGAUGAGUGGGGUGCUGGGCCGCUGGCGGGCGUGGCGGCCGCUGCGCCUGCCUGAUCCGCGUAGAUGGCUGUCGCGGCGGCAGGGUGCUGAGGGCGCGGCGGGCGCGGAUCCGGAGGGCGAAGGAGCCACCCCAUUCUCCGUCAGCAAGGCCAGUCCGCGGGUGUGGAGCGUCAGCCAGUCUAUGGGGAGAGACAGCGAGAGGUCGUGGGUGAAGGUGCUGCCUCUCAGUUUGCUGUCCACGGGGUUGUUGCUCUGGUGCGUGUUUAGAGAAAAAACGGAGGUUGAUGAGCGACUGGAAGCAAUUUUCUCCGGUGAGAUCGUGAACUCUCUAGAUGCGACUCAGAAAAACAACGUUCCCUUGCAGCCGCUGGAGAAAUGAGGGCGGGAGUGCGACUGCAGUGAAGGAGCUGCCUGAAGUUUGCCUGCAUUCGCCUGGUUGAAAGCUCCGCUGACACUUUUUAUGGGGAAACCUGUUUUUUCAGACUACCGGCAGCCUUAGCUUGCAAGCUGUGUUCCUUCGUGUGUAGUGCCGCUUUCUGUGCUUCUCUUAGAUGAGUAGUCUACACUGGUAGCACAGGGAGUAGUUUCUUCCUGCAUUGCACGGUAGGGAUGAACUGGGAUUUGAAGAUAUAUUUUAUACAAUCCAUCUCUUUUUCCUGGAUUUUUUUCCUUAGAUUCACAGUGAUUAAAGUAUCAAAGCUCUGAGUCUGUAGAAUCGCUGUUGAAGGUGACCUUCAUUUGACAUUUUCCUAGUCAAAUGUAUGUUCACUUUACAUUGCAGACAACUCUAAGAGUAUGAUUCAUGAAAAUGUGAUUCUUUGUGUUCUGAUUUUUAUUUUUCUUUAAAUUUACUAAAUAACGUAGAAAUUACCUUCUUCAGCCCUUAAUGCAUAGUCAGUGCUUGCUUUGUAGACUAGAACUUUGGCAUGUUUCUUCUCGUUUAGAGAUUAUUACUGGUAGGAUCCUCUUGUUUUUGCAGAGGAUUGAAGCGAUUGGCUUGCAUUAUGUUGGACAGGAAAACCUGGUUGGAGCAUCUUUUUUCCUACAGGUACAUAGAUACUUAAACUUGCACACUGUAGAGACUUUUAUGGGAAAGGAAGAAUCUAAGCUAUUAAUAAAGCGUAGUUCCCUUCAAAGAUAUGUUUUAAAUUAGGUUUUCAAAUGUAAAAGUGCAUCACCUUUUAUGUCAUUAAAAUGCCUAAUGAAAAACAAAAAUCGAAAGCCCCAAAGAAAUAAAAAUAGCCCAAACAUGACAGCAGCUGGUAAAACAGGCUGGAGCUGCAGUCCAGCGCUGCUGAUUUGUCUCCAAACAGUGUGCUACCAGCACUGCUUUUGAUUUUGUUAUAAAGUCCCUGUAGUUUAACUGGAUGAUGCCUACUAAACGAGUGCUAUUUGCUCAGUGCUGUGCCGAGGUUGGUCUUGGGAUUCAACUUUUAUCGCAGUGGAAUGUGAGAUGCAUGCAAGGGGGCAUCCUGGAGAGCGAAUCGUGAUGCUGGCUUGCGUUUAUAUUGACCUAAGGGGCGAUACCUGUUUCUUUGGCAAGUUUUGUGUUCUUGUAAAGCCACGAACUUGGCAACCUAGCAACUGCUUUGCUAAAGGAAAUAAAGACCUGCCCCUUUGCAUGUGCCUUAUUUUAAGACGAUGCAUUAACCGUUUAAUAAAGAAUCUCUACCUAUA